CCACCCCCAAAAUACCAUAAAAUAUUCCUGAAUCAGCCAAAAAAAUCGGCUCUUUUUUUUUACACGUGUUUUUCAAUGCCAACAACUUUCCCCUAUUGCCCCAGGGGGAGGAAAUUCUUAGGAAACCACAUUUGGGUAUAAAAAGGGCAGAUUUAGGGUCUGGAUGUUCACUCCCCCCCCCACCCCCCCCAUUCAUCCCCUUCUCUCCUCGCUGGGCUUUAGCAAAGGGGCUGCACUGAGGAACAGAAGGUGGUGGGUUGGAGAUGGGGGCAACGUGGUGCAUCCUGUUGGGGUUGGCCCUGAGUUGCACCCUCACCUCCGCCAUGUUCCGCGGCAAGGAGUUCCUGGUUGCCGUCCUUCAGAACAGCGAAGAAGCCGUCCGCCCCAACCUCCUCCUCUUCCUCACCUCCUAUUCCAGCUCCACCCAAGUCACCCUCAGCGCCUCCGAUGGGACCUUCGAUGAAACCUUCAUCCUCAGGGACGUCCAAACCAUCUCCGUUCCCAUCCCCGGAGCUUUGGAGUUGAUCAACAAGAGGAUCUCCCAGAAGAGCCUAUUGGUGACGUCUACCAAAGACAUCUCCGUCGUCAUCUCCAGCUCUAAAGCCCACAGCAUCGGUGCCACCGCGGUGCUGCCCACGGCCAUGUUGGGCACUGAAUACUUUGUGGUGACCCCCAACGACGCGGAGAAAAUGGGUUUGAAGGAAUUCGCCGUGGUGGCCGGGAAGGAACCAACCAUCGUUUCCAUCCAAGUCAAAGGGAAGAUUCAUUUCCAAAGGAAGAUCUACAGAUCCGGCUCCACUUUUUCCAUCCCUUUGAGUCCCUAUCAGAGCUUGCAGCUCCAAAGUGAGGACGAUCUCUCGGGGACCAAAGUGACAUCGGACCACGCCGUGGCCGUGCUCAGCGGUCACACCUGCGCCAAGGUGCACAGCGGUUGUGACUACGUGGUGGAGCAGCUCCUCCCCGUCAGUGCCUGGGGGAGAACCUACAUCGUGCCCCCCAACCCCCUGCAGAAAGCCCAUGAUCUGGUCUACGUCGUGGCGGCCGAAGAUGCCUCCAUCUCCUACCAUGAAGGCAACGAGGCCUCCACGAAGCACAUGGAGGCCGGGAAAGUCAAAGUCUUCAAGACAAAGCUGAAUUCUCCUUUCUAUGUGAAUUCUUCGGCCGUGAUUCAGGUGGUUUUCUUCUUCACCGGCUCCAAGGGGUUUUUUGUAUGGCAAGACCCCUUCCUGCUCACCAUCCCACCCGUCUCGUCCUACUGUUCCUCGUACCGGUUCACUGGGUUGAACAUGCACAGCUACGUCGUCCUGGUGGCCAAAACCUCCAGCAUCGACACCUUCACGCAACAGAAAGCAACAAAUGGGAGGUGGAAGGGAAUCCCUGGCACCGAGUUCUCCUGGUCCAUGCAGAGCUUGACGGCUUCAGUGGGCAGAUGGAGCUCCGGGCAUGAGGAGGAGACCUUUGGGCUGCUGGGAUUUGGCUUUCAGAACUAUGCGGGUUAUGGGUUUGCUGGGCUGUGUGCUACACCUUCCUCCACCCUUUCCUGCUCCGACAUCUCCUGCCAGGAGCAGGAGCGGUGUGAGAUGGUGGAAGGGGAACCCACGUGCAUCCAAGAGACCUUCUCCACCUGCUGGGUCAUCGGUGGGCCCCACUAUAAGACUUUUGAUGGGAAAACCUUUGAUUUCAUGGGCACCUGCACUUAUACCUUGAGCAAAACCUGCAACCCGGCCGCCAACCUGCCCUUCUUCAGCGUCGAGGUCAAAAACAGCCACAGGGGCAACUCCAAAUCCCCCUACAUUGAUGCUGUGACCGUCCAGGUUUAUAAUAUCACAGUCACCAUCAUCAGGUCUGAGGUUGGACUCGUGAGGGUGAACAACCACCGCACCCACCUCCCCAUCUCGCUGGCCCAAGGGAAGCUCCAUCUCCAUCAGAAGGGCAGUUUUGUCCUGCUCAAAACCGACUUCAUGCUGAAGGUGUUGUACAACUGGGACGGCCACUUGAUGCUGAAGAUCCCCAGCGUUCACGCGGGCAGAGUCUGCGGGAUGUGUGGGAACAGCAACGGGGAUCCCCACGAUGAUGCUCUUCUACCUGAUGGCACCUUGGCGCAGAGCACCGUGGUUCUAGGGCAGGUUUGGAAGGUUCUUGGUGAUGACAGGACCUGCUUGGAUGGCUGCAGUGGUGAAUGCAAGCGUUGCUCGUGGAGGGAGACAGCCAAGUAUAACACGGAGGAGUUUUGUGCGUUGCUCAGCCAACGGCCGGGUCCGUUCCAAAGCUGCCACGAUACGAUCAAUACGGAUAUCUACGUUAAAAACUGCAUCUCUGACCUCUGCAGCUACGAAGGGCUCCACGUGGUUCUGUGCCAGGCUCUGAAUGCCUACGUGGAAAGCUGCAGGGAGGAGGGAGUCAUAGUGGAUGAAUGGAGGACGCUGGCGCGUUGUUCUCCUUCCUGCCCAGCCAACAGCAACCACACGUCGUGUGGGACCUCCUGCCCCACAACCUGCAACGAUGCAGCCGUCCCUUCCUACUGCAACACCUCGACCUGCACGGAGGGCUGUAGGUGCAUGGAAGGCUUCGUGUUGGAUGCUGGUCGAUGCAUCCCCCCAUCUGAGUGCGGUUGUGUGUAUGGAGAUCAGCUCUACGGCCUCGGGGAGGAGUUUUGGGGCGACGACGGCUGCACCAAACGUUGCAUCUGCGAGGAGGGGAAGAAGAAGGCGACGUGUUACCAAAGCAGCUGUAAAGCCAAAGAGGAAUGUGGGGUGAAAAACGGCAUCCGGGAAUGCUACCCCAUAAGUUAUGGGGUCUGCGGGGCUGUGGGCAGCACCCACUACAAGAGCUUCGAUGGGGAAUGGUUCAGCUUCCAAGGCACGUGCCUGUACCAGUUGGUUGGGGUGUGUAAGAAGAGCGAAGGGCUGGUGGAUUUCCAGGUGUUGGUGCAGAACGGCCUCAAAGAUGGUGGGUCUCCAUCCUCCAUCACGCUCAUCAGGGUCAAACUCUAUGGGAAGAGCAUCACCAUCAGCAGGGACCCCAGUAAAAUCACAGUCAACGACCGAUCUGUCAACCUCCCCUACUCCCACAACGGGAAGAUCCUGAUCUAUAGAGGUGGAUGGGAUGUGGUGAUAGAGGCCGAUUUUGGCCUCACCGUCACCUACGAUCGACGCGGCAACGUCGGCGUGUCGGUGCCUUCUACUUAUGAGGACGCCCUCUGUGGGCUCUGUGGGAACUUCAAUGGGGACAACAGGGAUGAGAUGAUGAUGAGGAAUGGUCAUAUCACAUCCAAUCCCAACACCUUUGGGCACAACUGGAAGGUGGUCGACGUUCCGGGUUGUGUAGAGCUACCCAGAAAGGAAUGUUCCAACUCAAUGAUCAACGUUGAGCAAGAGGAGCUUUGUGGGAUCAUCUCCAGGACGGACGGACCUUUCAGGGGGUGUCACUCUAUGGUUGAACCCUCAAAAUACGUCCAGAAUUGCAAGCAGGAUUUGUGCCUUUAUCCGGAGCAGGAGGAGGUGCUGUGCCAACACAUUGCACACUACGUUGACCUCUGUCAAGCUGCUGGAGCGAGCAUCGAGGAGUGGAGGGCCAAUGACUUCUGCAGGAUUUCCUGCCCGCCCCACAGCCACUACGAGCUGUGCUCAAUGGAUUGCAGCCAGACCUGCAGCAGCAUCUUCACCCCAUUGCGUUGCACCCAGAGGUGCCAGGAGGGCUGCGUAUGCGACGAGGGCUUUGUCUACAGCGGCGAUGAAUGCAUCCCUAUGGCCCAAUGUGGUUGCGUCUAUCACGGUUCCUAUUACAAAGUGGAAGAGAUCUUCCACCCUACCCAACUGGAAGAGUGCGAGUGUCAAGAUGGAGGGGUGGUGGUCUGCCAUGAAAAUCCUGUUGGUGACAACAGCAGCUGCCAGGUGGUCAAUGGGGAUCUUCAAUGCUCAACCAGCACCUUUGGGACCUGCGUGGUCACCGGAGACCGCAGCUAUUUGUCCUUCGAUGGGACGGUGUUUGAGAUCCCUGGUUCUUGUUCCUAUAUCCUCAUCGAGAGCUGCAACGUUGAUGACGACGUUGAACAGUUUGUGGUGAAAAUUAAGAAGGAUUCCAGGCAGAAAAAGAAGGUUUCCGGCAUCGAAGCGUUGUCUGUAGAAGUCUAUGGGUUCACCUUGACCAUGGAGAGGGGGAAAAGGGGGACGGUCAUGGUGGACUCCAUAUCCCACCGCCUCCCAACCAUCCUGAACCAGGGGCGGGUCCAGGUGCUCCAACACGGGGCAGGAAUCCAUCUUCAGACCGACUUCGGCCUCAUUAUACGCUACGACCUCCACCAUCACGUUGAGGUUACGGCCCCGCCGGGCUACCAGGGCCAUCUAUGUGGGCUUUGUGGCAACAACAAUGGCCAAAGAGAGGAUGAUUUCCUCUUCCCCGAUGGCCACCCAGCUCCCAAUGCCACCUCUUUUGGUUCUGCAUGGAAAAUGCCCAACGUGGCCUGCGAGGAGAAAUGUUCCGACCGCGACUGCCCCGUCUGCAAUGAAGAAAAGAAGAAGGUCUUCCAAGAACCCAACUACUGCGGCGUCCUCACGGACCCCCACGGCCCCUUCUCCUCCUGCUUCAACACCAUCAACCCGGCCCUAUAUUUGGAUGCCUGUACCCGAGAUCUCUGCCUUACUGAAGGGAGCACUGAUGUCCUAUGUCGGAGCAUCCAGAGCUACGUGUCCUCUUGCCAAGCUGCUGGUGUGACCAUGGAGGCGUGGAGGAAACCGUCCUUCUGUUCCCUGAGUUGCCCAGCAAACAGCAGCUACUCCCUGUGCUCCAACCUCUGCACCCACAGCUGUGUGGGUCCCGCGGGUGCUUCCAGCUGCCCCCCAACCUGCUCUGAAGGCUGCAGCUGCAACCAGGGCUUCGUCUUUGAUGGGAAGGGCUGCGUCCCCAAAGAGGAAUGUGGCUGCUUUGAGGACGGGGUCUAUUACAAGCCCCACGAGUGGGUCCUGAGGGAGAACUGCCAGCAGCGCUGUACCUGCGUCCCUGGACUAGGGCUGCAAUGCAGCGGCCACGAAUGCACCGACGAUGAGAGCUGUGAAAUCAGGGAUGGGGUCAUGGGCUGCAUCAACCAAAACCCCUGCAAAGCCCUCCGGUGCCGUCCCAGGGAGCGCUGCCACUUUGAUGACGGCCGCGCCGAGUGCGUCCCCUCCAUGGUGGCCUCAUGUUGGGCCUGGGGGGACCCCCAUUAUCGAACCUUCGACGGGUUGAAUUUCGACUUCGAGGGCACCUGCACUUACACCAUGGCCGAAUUCUGUGGGAACGACCCCAAAUUGGUGCCUUUUAAAGUGGAGGGGAAGAAUCAGAUCCGGGCUGGGGUGAGAUCCAUCUCCUACGUCAGCUUGGUCAACGUGGAGGUCUACGGUCAUCGGGUCUCCGUCCAUUGGAGGGAAGUGGGCAAAGUCAGGGUGGACGGCGUGCUGACCCUCCUGCCAGCCUCCCUGCAGGACAGCAGGGUGCUGCUGCAGCACAGCGGGAUGGAAGCUGUAAUUCAGACCGAUUUCGGCCUACGAGUCACCUACGACUGGGAUUGGCGCGUGACCGUCCACCUCCCCAGCAGUUACUCAGAGCAAACCUGCGGCCUCUGCGGCAAUUUCAACAUGGAUCCCAUGGAUGACAUCCCAGGGCUGCCUGAUGAGGCCAUAUCUAUUGCUGAUAAGGCCAUAUCUGCUAAUAAUAAGGCCAUAUCUGCUGAUAAUAAGGCCAUAUCUGCUGAUAAUAAGGCCAUAUCUGCUGAUAAUAAAGCCAUAUCUGCUGAUAAUAAGCCUGUAUCUGCUGAUAAUAAGGCCGUAUCUGCUGCUGAUAAGGCCAUAUCAUCCUCCAUCAUCAUCUCCUGGGCCUCCACUUGGAAGGUCCCCGACGAGGACCCGUUCUGUUGGGAUCAUUGCGAUGGGGAUUGCCCCAUAUGUCAGCAGGACAAACUGGAGCUCUAUUCAGGCAACCAGCACUGCGGGCUGAUCAAAAAGAGCUUCCAAGGACCCUUCAAAGCCUGUCACCACGUCCUCGACCCCAAGGAUUUCUUCCGGAGUUGCCUUUAUGAUGUUUGCAUCAAUGAUGGAGCGAAGAAAAUCCUUUGCAAGACAUUGGAGACCUACGCGUCCGCCUGCAGGAAGCACGGGGCCGCGGUGCACGACUGGAGGACGCCGUCGGGGUGCUCAUUGACUUGCCCUGAGAACAGCCACUACGAACCCUGCGGCAGCGCCUGCCCUGCAACCUGCACCGACCCCGACGCCCCCAAAUCUUGCAGCCAACCCUGCACGGAAACCUGCACUUGCAACCCGGGUUACGUCCUCAGCGGAGCUCAAUGCAUCCCCAGCUCCAGCUGCGGUUGCACCCACGACGGCCUCUAUCACCAACCAGGAGAGGAGUUUUGGGCUGACGAGUUGUGUCGCUCGCGGUGUCGCUGCGACGCCGAGCUGGGGAUGGUGGUUUGCAAGGAGAGCAGCUGCAAAGCAGGGGAGCAAUGCAGCGUGGUGAGGGGCGUCCGGCAAUGCGUGGCUGCGGGGAAGACCGUCUGCGUGGCCACGGGGGACCCCCAUUACACCACCUUCGACGGGCGCCGCUAUGACUUCAUGGGGACCUGCGUCUAUCAGUUUGCUGCCCUCUGCUCCCCCGACCCCACAUUGGUCCCCUUUAGUGUCACUGUGGAGAACAACAACAGGGGCAGCGAUGUGGUUUCCUACACCAAAGAGGUCACCUUGAAGGUCUACAACGUCAGCCUCAGCCUCAGCCAGGCCGAGCCCAAGAAACUGAAGGUGAACGGCAUCCUGAUGGAUCUCCCAUUCCGCCACCCCGACCAGCAGCUCCACGCUUACGCCAGCGGCCCCCACGGCUUCCUCCACACCGACUUUGGCCUCAUCGUCACCUUUGACUGGUACAGCUACGCCCGCGUCAUCCUCCCCACCACCUACUCCCGCUCCGUUUGCGGUCUAUGCGGCGACGCCGACGGCGACCCGGCGGACGACUUCAUGCUCCCCAACGGCCGAUUGGCCGAGGAUGCAGACAGCUUUGCAAACAGCUGGAAGGUUUCUGACGUCCCCGGUUGCAACUCGAACGUCAGUGGGAAUUGCAAUUCAUGCAGCGCGAAGGAGAAGCGCAUCUACGGCGGCGACAAGCACUGCGGGCUGCUGGUGAAGCAAGGGGGGCCCUUUGCAAGCUGCCAUGCAGUGGUGGACCCCAGGCCAUACUUUGAGGACUGCCUCUACGAUGCAUGUUGCUACAAGGGGCACCAGGAGGUGGUGUGCAGCUCGGUGGCUACCUAUGUGCAAGAGUGUCAGAAACAGAGGGUCAGCAUCCAGCCCUGGCGCACCACGGCCUUCUGCAGCCCCGUGUGCCCCCCGCAGCAGCACUACGAGCUCUGUGGCCUGGCCUGUCCCUCCAGCUGCUCCAACCAGGAGCAAGACGACGGUUGCGACCCUUCCUCCCCAUGCACCGAAGGCUGUUUUUGCAACCCCGGCUUCUUGCAAAGCGGCGACAGCUGCGUCCCAGCACCUCAGUGCGGUUGCAUGCACCAGGGCCGUUAUUUGCAACGGGGGGAGGAGUUUUACCCCUGCGAGCGUUGCAGCCAACGCUGCGUUUGCAAAGGGAACGGCGAGUUGCAAUGCGAGCCGACGAGCUGCGGCGCAAACGAAGCUUGCAUGGUGCAGGAUGGGGUGAGGGGUUGCUACCCCGACGGCUGCGGGCGCUGCGAGGUGCUGGGAGCUGCAACGCUGAGGACGUUCGAUGGGACGCUGCUGCAUUUUGCUGGGACCUGCACUUACACGUUGGCUGCAGCUGGAGAGGAGCAGGAGGAGGAGGAGGAGGAAGGGAAGGGGCUGCAGCCGUUCCUGGUGCGGGUGCAGAAGGAGAUGAAUGCAGCGGAGCCGCUGGUGAAGCAGCUGCUGGUCACGGUGCAUGGGGUCACCGUCAGCUUGCAGCGGGGCGUGCAAGGGGAGGUGAAGGUGGAUGGUGAGCGUCAGCUCCUGCCCGUGUCCGUGGGCUCGGACGCGGUGGUGGUGACGCAGGAGGGGAUCCAUCGGGUGCUGAAAGCGAAGAUGGGUUUAAAGCUGCUCUAUGACGGAGCCACCUACGUCCUGCUGACCUUACCCAGCACCUACCAAAGCCGCGUCGGCGGCCUCUGCGGUGACUUCAAUGGGGACGGAGCCGACGAUGCGACGGAGCCUCGUCUGCUGGGGGAGCGAUGGGGGAUCCCCACCCGUGGGUGCAGCCAUGGGGAGCCCUGGGUGCCUUGUGAGAAGGUGGUGGAGAGCGGGUGCGAUGUGAUGGAGGAUCCCAAGGGGCCGUUUGGGGGGUGUCACGGAGCGGUGACCCCAAGGGAUUACGUGGAGAGCUGCAGGAUGGAGACGUGCGGGAGACAGGGUGUGCAAACAAGGGCUGAUGCUGCAGCAGAGGUUGCAGGCGGCUCCGUGCUGUGCCGCAGCCUGCAGGCCUACGCUGCUGCAUGCCAGGCUGCAGGGGGGCAGCUGCAGGAGUGGAGGGAGGCAGCACGGUGCCCUCUCUCGUGCCCCCUGGGCUCUCACCCCCAGCUCUGCAGCCCCCUUUGCACCCAGAGCUGCACCAGCGUUUCCUCCCCUCCCCGUUGCAGCAGCCGCUGCUUCGAGGGCUGCGCGUGUCCUGCAGGGGAGCUGCUCAACGGCGACGAAUGCGUCAGCCCCGACGCCUGCGGCUGCUUGCACCAAGGCCGCCUCUUCCAGGGCGGCCCCAUAUCUGCAUCGAGAUCCCAAAAGGGGUCGGUGCUGUACCCCUUUGGUUAUGGGGUGGGGGACGCGACCACCCCCCACGAGGACGAUGGGAUGAGCCCCGAAAUCCCAUUAACCGAGACCUUCUCCUUCUAUGGGCGACCCUACAGAUCCCUAUACGUGAACAACAAUGGGGUGGUCUCAUUUGGGACGGGGGUCCCGGAGUUCACCCCACACCCGUUCCCAUUGGACGGUCACCGUCCCUUCGUGGCUCCCUAUUGGGCAGACGUGGACACCAGGUUGGGGGGCGACGUCUUCUAUAGGGAAACCCGGGACCCCAAUGUUCUUAAUAGGGUCAGGAGGGACAUCGACCCUAUAACCGACCCUAUAGAGCCCGACCCUAAACCCACAUGGGCCUUUAUCGCUACGUGGGAUCGGGUGCCGUUCUAUGGGGCUGCAUCCAAUAAGGUGAACACGUUCCAGGCCGUGUUGGCCACUAACGGGGUCACGUCCUUCAUCAUCCUCAAUUAUGGGGACAUCGAAUGGACCACGGGCAUCGCCAACCAGGGGGACCCGCAUACGGGGCUGGGGGGGAUCCCGGCACAGGCCGGCUUUAACAGCGGUGACGACGUGCACUAUUACAACAUCCCGGGCUCCCGCACCGCGGCCAUAUUACGCAUCAACCAAACCUCCAACGUCGGGAUUCGGGGUCGUUGGGUUUUUAGGGUCGACGAGUUCACGGCGACCGAGGGACCCCCAGGGUCACCCCCCGACCCCAUAACGGGACCCCAAAACCCCAUUGAAGACCCUAUAACGGUACCCGGCCCUAUAACGGGACCCCAAAACCCCAUUGAAGACCUUAUAACGGUACCCGACCCUAUAACGGGACCCCAAAACCCCAUUGAAGAGCCUAUAAAUAAUGGGGUCGGACAGGAACCCGAAGAGAAUGGGGAGAGGGAAUACAUCUGCCAGUGAUGGACCCUGCAGCGCAGAGACGACCCCACAGACCCCAAUAAAAUCCUAUUGAGCACCAACA